GAUGGUGCAGAAGUACUGCUCCCCGGUGAGGGUCUAUAAACACCCCUUUGAGAUGGUGAUGGCAGCCUACGAGCGGCGGUUCCCCACCUGCCCCCUCAUCCCGGUGUUUCUGGACAGCGAGAUUCUGAGCGACGUCUGGAGCGAAGAUGGGGCGAUCCACACCGUCCAGCGCAGCUGCAUACUCAGCGUGGACGCGCCCCGCCUCCUCAAAAAGAUUGCCGGAGUGGAGGUGGUGUAUUUUAUCCAGAAGAACACUCUGAACUGGAGAGAACGCACUUUACUCAUCGAAGCUCACAAUGAAACCUUCAGUAACCGAGUCACGGUGCUGGAGACUUGCCUCUACAGUGUCCACCCUGACAAUGAAAGCUGGACGUGUUUUGAACAGUCGGCUUCUUUAGACAUCAAAUCAUUCUUCGGUUUUGAAAGCACAGUGGAGAAAAUCGCCAUGAAACAGUACACAGCCAACAUCAAACGGGGAAAGGAGAUAAUAGAGUAUUAUCUGUCUGAGCUGAUCUCUGAGGGUGUUACUGAAAUCCCCCGCUGGACUCCUCCUCUACAACCACCUCUGACCUCUGACCCCUACACCAUCACGGCACUGACCUCGACGGAGCUCCACACAGCCAGCAGCAGCGACAUCAGCCUCGGAGCCGGCAGCACUGAACCAGCUGAAGGAGAUAAGCUGGAUGCUGAGUAUAUCGAGCGGUUCCUCGGUCGACUGACUCCAAUACAAGAGAGCUGUUUAAUUCAGCUCAGAGCCUGGCUGCAGCAGACACACAGAGGAAAGAUCCCGAAGGACGAGCACAUCCUGCGUUUCCUGAGAGCGAGAGACUUUAACCUGGAGAAAGCUCGAGACAUGCUGUGCCAGUCGCUCAGCUGGAGGAAAGAGUUUCAGGUGGACUCUAUUCUGAACUCAUGGGUGCCCCCUAGCUGUCUGCAGGAGUAUUACGCUGGUGGCUGGCACCAUCAGGACAGAGAAGGACGACCACUGUACAUCCUCAGACUUGGACAGAUGGACACUAAAGGACUGGUCAAAGCUCUGGGAGAGGAGGCUCUGCUCAGACAUGUUUUAUCCAUUAAUGAAGAGGGUCAGAAAAGGUGUGAAGAGAACACAAAAAUAUUCGGACGGCCAAUCACCUCCUGGACGUGCCUGGUGGACCUGGAGGGGCUGAACAUGCGUCACCUGUGGAGGCCAGGCGUGAAGGCCCUGUUGCGCAUCAUUGAGGUGGUGGAGGCCAACUACCCUGAAACUCUGGGCAGGCUUUUGAUCGUCCGGGCACCAAGAGUCUUCCCUGUGCUCUGGACACUGGUGAGUCCCUUUAUCAAUGAGAACACCCGUCAGAAGUUCCUGGUGUACAGCGGCUCUAACUAUCUGGGCUCUGGAGGGCUGGUGGACUACAUCCACUCUGAGAUCAUCCCAGACUUUUUGGGUGGAGACUGUCUGUGCGAAGUGCCAGAAGGAGGGCAGGUGCCAAAGUCAUACUACCAGACAGAAGUGGAGCUGGAGAGCGCUGACCACAUCCGCCUGUGGACAGAUACCAUCUACCAAUCAGCUCAGGUCUUCAAAGGAGCACCUCAUGAGGUGAUGAUCGAGGUGGUGGAAGAAUCAUCGGUAAUCACAUGGGACUUUGACAUCCUGAGAGGCGACAUUGUGUUCAAUAUCUUCCACUCCAAAAGGACCCCACAACCUCUGAGGAAAGAAACGUCCACAGCGCUGCCUGAGCUGAAUAACGUGCAGCUAAUAGACAGGAGCUGGACUUUGGGAGUGGACUACAGCAUGGUGGAGUCACCUCUUACCUGCAGAGAGGGAGAGAGUAUACAGGGUUCCCACAUCACACGAUGGCCCGGCCUGUACAUACUGCAGUGGAAAGCCUGUGGCUCCGCCCCCUCCAAAGCAGAUGAUGUCAUUCCAUCACUCCCAGGCUCCGCCCACACCUGCAAGCUCAUGUACUACACUGAGCUGCUGGCUUCUCACGACUUUAGGGGAUCAAUGACGAGUCUGGAGUCGUGUCACAGCGGGUUCUCUCAGCUCAGCGGUGGAACUACCUCCUCCAGCCAAUCACACAGCAGCUCCUUCAUUUCCAGAUAACAACAUACACACAAUCACACAGUGACCAACCUGGUGCACAAACCACACGAAAGGGCUAAUUUCACACUUUUAACUUGAUUCCUACUGAGAAACAACUCUGAAUUCUGCACUGCAUGUUUACAAAUACCUCCAGCAGCUGUAAACAGCUGUAAACAGAUAUAAACAGCACUGAAAUCAGCAUGAAAACAAUAAUACAGUUGGGAGAUAUUUCAAAACGCAGGAUUUCUCAUUAAUCUAGAUAGUUGAAGAGCCCAUAUCACAGUUUAGCUCCACCCAUUCAGCCUUCAGCAGUUUAGCUCCACCCAUUCAGUCUACAGCAGUUUAGC